ACUGUCAAAGUGAUGCGUUUUCGGAACAUCAUCGAAAUCCCAUUGGAAUAUGUACACAACAAUGAUUUGUUGUUGAAUUGUAUUUGUGACACAUAAUAAUUAUUAUUACUAAUCUAGCUCACUGAACCACCUCCUAUUUUCCAUUGGCUUAACGCAAUUUUUUUUUCACACAUUUUUUUCGGUCAAUGUAUUUGGCUCUAAUUGUAACAUUUCUAUAAUCCAGAACAUAUCCCAAACAUUCCAGUCCCAAACAAUUUAUUGGUAUUUAGUGUGGCAUUGCACAAAAUUUAGUGAUUGAAGAUUAGCAUCGUUUUAUAAUUAGCCUGUUUACACAAUGGAUACAACAAACUUAGAAGAACGAUACACGAAGUUAGCCGCUGAAUAUAGUAAAUUGCGAAAUUGCUGUUCAGUCUUAAAGCAUGCCGUAAAAGAAGAGCAAAACAAAAGUGCAUCACUACGAGACACGGUUCGAGAUAAUGAGACAAAUUUACGGCGAGCAGAACAGGAAAUAGAUAGUUUGGGUUUUCGUAAUAAACAAUUGGAGCAUCGUGUUGCAAGCCUACAAGAUGAUUUAAAUAAGGAUGCAUCGAAAAAGGGUGGCAAAAUUUCGAAAUCAAAAGACAAAACAGCCAAUACAAAUUCAUCACAUAUGUCAACGGAAUCGUCGUCUCAAGUGCUUAGCGAAGAAUUUCAGAAGAAAAUCUUCGAAUGUGCACAGUUGACAUCAAGUAUGGCCGACAAAAAUACAGAGAUUCAGUUGCAAGCGAAUCGCAUUGGAGAAUUGGAAAAUCUACUGAGAUCGAUGAAUGCCGAACAAACCGAUACCGAAGCCAAAUUACGCAAAGAGGUUGAACGAUUAACCGUUAAAUUACAUGAUUUAGAAGCAAAACUGGCUGACGCUACAAGUAUUGUGGGCAGUGACGACACACUUUAUGUGUCCGAAUUAGAGCAACACAAAUCAAUAAACAGCUGUAACAACAAUAAAUUCGACGAACGCAUUGUGGCACUCGAAAAGGAUGUAGUCCAUUGGCGAACACAAUGUGAAUUACUUCAAAUGAAGCAUAAACUAGAUAGCUGCAAAGCGAUUAGUGUCGAUCAGAAUAAAAUCGAUAAUAAUACCAAUGCGGAAAAUGAAAAAACAACGACCACACUGACGGCUAGCGAACAACUUCUUAUAGAUAAUUACACGAAAAAAAUACGAGAUUUAGUGAUGGAAAAUUGUUUGACCGAAUCAAAAAUGACAACUUACGUUGAUGAGUGUGAUUCACUUCAAAAGCAUUUGUCCAUUUUAAAUAGUGAUCUCAAAGAAAUGGAGCGAAAAUUCAGCGAAUCACAACGUAAUUUGCAUUUAGCCGAUGAAGAUUUGGCUACAACACGAAUAAAUUACGAGGAGCAAAUCAGUGUGCUCACGGAACAAGUUAUAUCGUUAAGUGAUCAAUUGGCUGCAUUGAAAUGAGAGAUCACCGUUAUAUUUUAGAUGAUUUUGGCCAGACUUAACUCAAAUAACUCAAACCAAUACAAAAACCUAACUAAAUUUUAUUUUUGUCGAAUUGAUGUGAAUAAGUUUAUAUAUAUAUAUGCUAAAAAGAAA